AUGUUGAAAUUCAGGAUCAAGCCGGCGAGACAGAUACGAUCUCAUAAGUGGCAUCUAAGUUUCCUACGAUAUAAUCAUACCCCUACCCCCGCACAGAAGUUGCAAGCACUAAUCGAGCAAAUCCCAAUUGAAAAUUAUAGAAACUUUUCCAUAGUCGCUCAUGUUGACCAUGGAAAGUCGACUUUAAGCGAUAGGUUGCUGGAGAUAACGCAUGUAAUUGAUCCUAAUGCAAGAAAUAAGCAAGUUUUAGAUAAAUUGGAAGUUGAAAGAGAAAGAGGUAUUACAAUUAAGGCACAGACAUGUUCAAUGUUUUACAAAGAUAAGAGGACUGGGGAAAACUAUCUUUUGCAUUUAAUCGACACUCCAGGACAUGUUGAUUUCAGAGGAGAAGUUUCAAGGUCAUAUGCAUCCUGUGGUGGUGCAAUUCUCUUAGUUGAUGCCUCACAAGGCAUCCAGGCACAAACAGUCGCUAAUUUUUACUUAGCUUUCAGUUUAGGGUUGAAGUUGAUUCCAGUGAUAAAUAAAAUCGAUCUCAAUCUUACAGAUGUAAAACAGGUAAAGGACCAAAUAGUGAAUAACUUUGAGCUUCCGGAGGAAGAUAUAAUUGGAGUCAGUGCCAAAACUGGCUUAAAUGUAAGAGAACUACUACUGCCUGCUAUAAUUGAUCGUAUACCACCACCAACUGGGAAAUCUAAUAAACCGUUUAGAGCGUUAUUAGUAGAUUCUUGGUAUGACGCCUACCUAGGAGCGGUUCUUCUAGUGAAUAUUGUGGACGGUUCUGUACAAAAGAAUGACAAAGUUAUUUGUGCUCAGACAAAAGAAAAAUACGAAGUUAAAGAUGUUGGAAUCAUGUAUCCUGAUAGGACCUCUACAGGUACGCUAAAGACGGGACAGGUUGGCUAUCUAGUGCUGGGUAUGAAGGAUUCUAAAGAGGCUAAAAUUGGAGAUACUAUAAUGCAUUUGAGUAGAGAGAAUGAUACUGAAGUACUUCCCGGAUUUGAGGAGCAAAAGCCCAUGGUAUUUGUAGGUGCUUUUCCAGCAGACGGAAUUGAAUUCAAAACAAUGGAUGAUGAUAUGAGUAGACUUGUUCUCAACGAUAGGUCUGUCACCUUAGAACGUGAAACAUCCAAUGCUUUGGGCCAAGGUUGGAGGUUAGGCUUUUUAGGAUCUUUGCAUGCAUCUGUUUUCCGUGAACGGUUGGAAAAAGAGUAUGGUUCUAAGUUGAUCAUUACUCAACCUACCGUUCCUUAUUUGGUUGAGUUUACUGAUGGUACAAAAAAGCUCAUAACCAAUCCUGAUGAUUUUCCAGACGGGGCAACAAAAAGAAUGAACGUUGCUGCUUUUCAUGAGCCAUUUAUAGAGGCAGUUAUGACAUUACCCCAAGAGUAUUUAGGUAACGUUAUUCGCCUAUGUGAUAAUAAUCGGGGUGAACAGAUUGAUAUAACUUAUCUAAACACUAACGGACAAGUGAUGUUAAAAUAUCACCUUCCAUUAUCGCACCUGGUCGAUGAUUUUUUUGGUAAGCUGAAAUCGGUAUCAAGAGGAUUUGCUUCUUUGGAUUAUGAAGAUGCUGGGUAUAGAAUCUCAGAUGUUGUGAAGCUCCAACUUCUGGUUAACGGAAAUGCCAUUGAUGCCCUGUCAAGAGUGCUUCAUAAAUCAGAAGUAGAGAAAGUUGGUAGGGAAUGGGUAAAAAAAUUCAAAGAAUAUGUUAAAUCGCAAUUAUAUGAGGUCGUUAUCCAGGCCCGAGCUAACAAUAAGAUAGUGGCUAGAGAGACGAUAAAGGCAAGAAGAAAAGACGUUCUUCAAAAGCUGCAUGCUUCUGAUGUCUCACGAAGAAAAAAACUAUUAUCAAAACAAAAAGAGGGUAAAAAGCAUAUGAAAACUAUAGGUAAUAUUCAAAUUAAUCAAGAGGCGUACCAGGCUUUUUUGCGCCGUUAG